AUGACGGGACUGGUGUUCUAUCUCGAACGAACCAAGGGUUUUUAUGCUGCUUAUAAUGAGAUGGCAGCUGGUGUAGCUGUUUAUUUCGUGCUGGCUCUGGCAUACCAAUUCUGGAUCUCUAAAGUCGAGAAAAACGCAAAGUAUCUUGGCCAACACCCGUCGACCGGAUCCCGUAUCGCUAUUAUCACCUCGUCACCCAAAGCCACUUCUGAAUACAAUGUCACAGUCUAUAUCAGCGACAAAUCCGACAAAGUCGUUGAAACCCAAGAACUCAAAGGCAAUUUCACCGACUGGUUCAACGUCAACGGGUUCAUUGUCUAUGACAAGUUCGCAACGGCUAUAGCCUCAGUAGUCCCCACCGUGCCCAAAAAGGAUCUGUAA